AUGGUGGCCCAGAAUGACCUUGGUUUCCUGAAUCGCCCGGUUUACUAUGUCAAGGUCAAGGGUUCCAAAAGGAUGGAGAUCAAAGUCGUCAUUCAUGAACAGACUGGGACGCGAUACGGGCUCCCUGGUUGCUUUCGCGACCUUCUGGCGUGUCCUGUUCUACGCCACGUUACCGUCAAGGUUGGACUAUUCAGGGCUGGACUCUAUUACGAUACCGAUGCUGAAUGGAGCUAUAUGUCGGAGGAUAGAGUUCUUGAUAAGACAAAUUCAGAUGGGCUCGACGAAAUACUCACACUUACCUCGGGAAUGUAUCGGCAGCUCAAAGAGAAGAUUGGGGAGGAGCUAAAGUUCGAGACCAACUACCUGCGCGUUGGAGAAAAAAUCAAGGCUUGGGAAGAGCGCAUAGGCAAAGCUGCAGUCGAGCAAACAUGA